AUGAAAGAUUACAAGUCAGCGUUGGAGUCCGAUCAACAUGCUCUUCAUAUCAGAUUAAAACUGCUUGGAGAAGACCAUUCUGAGACUGCUAGAAGUUAUGACAGCAUUGCAGUUACACAACAUGAGAUGAAAGAUUACAAGUCAGCGCUGGAAUCAUAUCAACAUGCUCUUCAAAUCAGAAUAAAACUGUUUGGAGAAGACCAUUCUGACACUGCUCUAAGUUAUUACAACAUUGGAAACACACAAUAUGAAAUGAAAGAUUACAAGUCAGCGUUGGAGUCACACCAACAUGCGCUUCAAAUCAGAAUAAAACUGUUUGGAAAAGACCAUUCAGACACUGCUCGAAGUUAUUACAACAUUGGAAGUACACAACAUGAGAUGAAAUCCUAUAAGUCAGCGUUGGAGUCACAUCAACAUGCUCUUCAAAUCAGAAUAAAACUGUUUGGAGUAGACCAUUUUGACACUGCUCGAAGUUAUAACAACAUUGGAGGUACACAACUUGAGAUGAAAGAUUACAAGUCAGCGUUGAAGUCACAUCAACAGGCUCUUCAAAUCAGAUUAAAACUGUUUGGAGAAGACCAUCCUGGCACUGCUAGAAAUUAUGACAGCAUUGCAGUUACACAACAUGAGAUGAAAGAUUACAAGUCAGCAUUAGAGUCUAAACAAAAAAGUCUUCAAAUCAGAUUAAAACUGUUUGGGGAAGACCAUUCUGACACUGCUAAAAGUUAUGACAGCAUUGCAGUUAUACAAUAUGAAAUGAAAGAUUACAAGUCAGCGUUGGAGUCAGAUCAACAUGCUCUUCAAAUCAGAAAAAAACUGUUUGAAGACGACCAUUCUGACACUGCUACAAGUUAUCACAACAUUGGAGUUACACAACAUGAGAUGAAAGAUUACAAGUCAGCGUUGGAGUCACAUCAACAUGCGCUUCAAAUCAGAUUAAAACUGUUUGGAGAAGACCAUUCUGACACUGCUAGAAGUUAUAACAGUGUUGCAGUCACACAACAUGAGAUGAAAGAUUACAAGUCAGCGUUGGAGUCACAUCAACAUGCUCUUCAAAUCAGAAUAAAACUGUUUGGAGAAGACCAUUCUGAAACUGCUCGAAGUUAUUACAACUUUGGAGGUACACAACAUGAGAUGGAAGAUUACAAGUCAGCGUUGGAGUCACAUCAACAUGCUCUUCAAAUCAGAAUAAAACUGUUUGGAGAAGAUCAUUCUGACACUGCUCGAAGUUAUAACAACAUUGGAGGUACACAACUUGAGAUGAAAGAUUACAAGUCAGCGUUGGUGUCACAUCGACAUGCUCUUCAAAUCAGAUUAAAACUGUUUGGAAAAGACCAUUCUGACACUGCUCGAAGCUAUAACAACAUUGGAGGUACACAACAUGAGAUGAAAGAUUACAAGUCAGCGUUGGAAUCAUAUCACCAUGCUCUUCAAAUCAGAUUAAAACUGUUUGGACAAGACCAUUCUGACACUGCUAGAAGUUAUACCAGCAUUGCAGUUACACAAUAUGAGAUGAAAGAUUACAAGUCAGCGUUGGAGUCAGAUCAACAUACUCUUCAAAUCAGAUUAAAAUUGUUUGGUGAAGACCAUUCUGAGACUGCUAGAACUUAUUCUAGCAUAGCUGUCACACAUUAUGACAUGAAACACUAUAAGUCGGCUUUAGAAUCUAAUCAACGUGCUCUUCAAAUUAGAUUAAAAUUGUAUGGUGAAUAUCAUUCGGACACUGUUGAAAGUUAUCAUACAGCAGGAGUUAUUCAACGUGCUCUGAAAAACUACAAAGCAGCAUUAAAGUUGCAUCACUAUGUUGUACAGACUAGAUUAAAGCUGCACGGGAAGUACCACAGUCAGACUGCUCGCAGUUAUUGGAGUCUUGGAACCACACAACGUGAGAUGAAAGAUUACAAGUCAGCAUUAGAGUCACAACAACACGCUCUAGAUAUCGACUUCAAGUGCCUAUGUCAUGAUUUGGGAUUUUAA